CUGGAACAAAUAAUCAAUUAUCCUUUCUCUGCCUCAUCUGAAAAGCACGGAUUUGCUCUCGCCGCAGCGCUCUGCAAUAGGGAAUUACUGGGUCAAACAUGAGACGAGGCGCGCCAAAGCAUCGGGUUCGAUCCGAACUUUAUCGAAUUAGUUCGUCUCAUCGCAAUCUUUCGAGAUGGUAUCGGGGAAAACGCUCGUGGUUUGAUGCCGAGCCGUUGGCAUGACUCCCGUCAUGAACUGCCUGCCGACGUUAUAUAUAUGGAUGUCAAAGACGAAGGGAAUUACACGUCAGCCUAGUCUUUCAGCCUUCAACGCCAGUCACUCAUUCGCUCGUUCACUACUUGCUCAAGUCUCCGACUUCGAUUCACUCUUUCGAAACUCUUUCCUCGCCAACUCAACAUGAAGUUCUCACUCGUCCCCGUGGCCAUUGCCCUCUUCUCUACUGCCUACGCCGCUCCCAGCGCGCCUGCCACUGAAAACGCCGAGCUCGUCGCUCGCGGCAACUGCCCCGCCGCCCAGGACUGCGCGUGCACGGCCAAGUUUGACAAGUACGCCAACCCCAAAGAGUAUGGCUCUACCGUCUCGGCCCGCAUCUCUGGCGCGGACCGAGGGCUGACGACUUCGGACUGGCGCGGCGCCAACGGCUACGGCAGCUCCUCUCUGUGCAGAGUCACGGUCAACCGUGUGUGCGGCAACUGCAGGGCCUGGAAGACGACGACGGACAAGUGCGGAUACUACAGCCUGUCCGAAUUCAGCUGUGUCAACGCUUAA